AUAAUCGUGUAAAAUUGAAAGAAUAAAAUAGGUACUACUAUAAUGUAUACUCUUAACCGAACUAAAUAGAAAUAUAGUUGGGGAAAUAACAAAGCAAUUAUUCUCUAAAAAUAGUGUAACUCUCCCACGUGCACAUCAUCUCAUACUUCAUUACCUAAACCCCACCACUUGCGUAUAUAAACGCUCCUUCUUCUUCGUCCUCUUUAACCAUUUCAAAAUCGUCAAACCAUCACCAACUCUCUCUUCUCUCUCUCCGCCGAGAAUGGUUGGAGUUUUCCGGCGAUCACUCUCAUUCCCUAACAAACCUUGCGGCCGAUCAUCUCCACCGUCAAAGCCACAUGUCUCUCACCACACAAGAUCCAUCAGUCUACCCUGCCGAUCUCAUCCCUUAAUCUCCCACGUUAACCACGAGAUCUCUCAGCUCAAAUCCUGGUUCUCUUUCGUAGGAGAAACUCACCGCCGCACCACCUCCUGGAUCACGGACGGUCUCAGCCUCCUUAAGGACGUUCAAGAAACGCUCGCCGAUAUACUCCAGCUCCCACAAUCUCAAGAAUCUCUACGAAACCGUCCUGUUUUCUUCGAGAAUCUUCUAGAAGAUCUUCUCCGAUUCGUUGACGCUUACGGUAUCUUCCGUACGUCGAUCCUCUGCCUCCGUGAGCACCAGUCCGCCGCUCAAGUCGCUCUCCGUAAAAAAGACGACGAGAAAAUCGCCUCUUACCUUAAAUCUCGCCGAUCUCUCGCGAGAGAUAUCGCGAAACUGACGUCAUCUAUCCGCGAGCCGAAGACGAAACACCAGCACUGCCACGUGGACAACGUUAACGGAACGUACGGUGACGCAGAGCUUGCGUCAGUUAUAGGUGACGUCAUUGAAGUCACCGUUUUGGUUUCCGUCGCUCUCUUUAACGGCGUUUACUCAUCUCUCCGAACCAACAAAACGACGCCGUUUAUAGGGUUUUUGAAACGAUCCGAGAAAAAAGAGAAACUAGACGAAGGAAUCGUGGAGUUGAAGCAAGUUGAAGAGAAGAGUUUGGUUGGUUUAAGCAAGAAGAAGAGCGAAGAAGUAAAGAGUUUGAUGAAGAAGAUGAUGGAAUUGGAGAAUUCUAUCCAUGAAAUCGAGUGUGAGAGUGAGAAAGUGUUUAGGGGUUUGAUUAGCACUCGAGUCUCAUUGCUUAAUGCCCUAACACAUUAACUAUAUAUCACUUUCAUUCUUUUUCUUCUUUUUUUUUUCGUAUAUUUUGCUUUUGUUGUCACAUUAUUUUUAUUAUUUGUAUGAGUUAACUACAUGAAACAAAAUAGAAAACAAUUAAAUAAAAGAUACUUUACA